GGAGGAGGAGCGGGAAGCAACAGCAGAGAAAAUGGCGGCCGUGGCUGCGACUGCGGCGGCGGCGGGGCCGGGCGAGGGGUCCGCCGGCGAGGCCGAGCCCACCCCGGGCAGUGAGGCGGGCGCAGACCCGCUCCCGGCCGGCAGCCAGGCCGCGGUGGAGCCGGCGGCGCCGGAGGCCAGGGAGGAGCCCGAGCCGGCGCCCGGGGGAGCGCCUCAGGAGGAGCCGCCCGCGCCCACGCCGCCCAGCAGCCCCGCCGAGGAGGAGGAGGGGGAGGAGGAGGAGGAGGAAGAGGCCGCCACGCAGGGCCCGGGCAGGCCGCCGCAGCAGCAGCAGCAGCAGCCACAGCGCACCCCCGAGGGACUCCCCCCGUCCCCGCCGCCGCCACUGCUUCCUCAGGCCGCAGAGGAAGGGCACGGCGCCCAGGAGGAGCCGCCUUUGCCCUCGCCUUUGCCUUCGGCUGAGGGCCCCUCCGAGCCGCCCCGCACGGAGGAGGAGGAAGAGGAGGAAGAGCCGGGUGCUGCUGCUGCCGCCGCCGCCGCUGCUGCCAGCCUCGCUGCUGCCGCCGCCGAGACGCCGCCGCCGGAGGAAGAGGAGGAGGAGGAACAGGUCGCUGUCCCGGCGCCUGCGGGGCCCGAGGGAAGAGGAGGAGGAGCCGAAGAGGAAGAGGCCGCGGAGGCGCCGUCGCUGCUGCUGGUGCCGGGCUCCGAGGUGCGGGUCACCCUGGACCACAUCAUCGAGGACGCGCUGGUGGUGUCUUUCCGCUUCGGGGAGAAGCUCUUCUCCGGGGUCCUCAUGGACCUCUCCAAAAGGUUUGGACCCCAUGGAAUCCCUGUGACCAUAUUUCCCAAAAGGGAGUACAAGGAUAAACCUGAAGCGAUGCAGCUUCAGAGUAAACCAUUCCAAGACGAGAUGCCGGUGAAGUGUGAAGCCAAUGGUGUCGUCACGGACUCUUCUCCCAUGCAGCCAUCAGAACCCAGCUUGGCUAAAAGCCUAUGGACUUCCAAGCCACCUCCCCUCUUCCAUGAAGGAGCGCCGUAUCCUCCUCCUUUGUUUAUCAGGGACACAUAUAACCAGUCAAUACCUCAACCUCCGCCUCGGAAAAUUAAACGACCCAAGCGGAAAAUGUACAGGGAGGAACCCACUUCUAUUAUGAAUGCUAUCAAGCUACGACCCAGACAGGUCUUGUGUGACAAAUGUAAAAACAGCAUUGUUGCAGAAAAAAAGGAAAUUAAGAAGGGCAGCAAUGUAAGUGACUCCCCAAGGUAUGAGGAUAGUAGAAAGCGAAGAAAUGAAAGCAUAACUACUGUGAAUAAAAAAAUUAAAACUGAUCAUAAAGUUGAUGGGAAAAGCCAAAAUGAAAGCCAGAAAAAGAAUUCUGUGGUCAAAGUGGCAAAUAUUGCCCACAGCAGAAGCAAAGUAGUUAAAGUCCCCACUCAAGCAAAUACAUCAAAAACGCAGUUAAACACUAAAAAGGUUCUCCAGAGUAAAAACAUGGAUCAUGCAAAAGCUCGAGAAGUGUUGAAAAUAGCCAAAGAGAAGGCACAAAAGAAACAGAGUGCAACCUCUACUUCCAAAAAUGCACAUUCAAAGGUCCACUUCACGCGGCGUCUUCAAAACACCAGCUCAGGUUCCCUGCCCCCUCGAUUGCGCCUGAAGCCCCAAAGGUACCGAAAUGAAGAAAACGACUCUUCUCUCAAGACGGGGCUUGAGAAGUUGCAGAGUGGCAAGAUGGCAGCUAAGCCCCAGUCUCGCUGCUCCUCUACCCGCUCAGCAGGUGAGGCCCCUUCAGAAAACCAGAGCCCCUCAGAAGUCCCCGAAGAGGCCCACAGUGAGGUUCAGGACACCAGUGAAGUGCAUGUACCUGUUGAUCAGGAUGAACAGCAAACCCUGGGCAAGAGAGGCAGCAAAAGCAAUAUAACGGUUUACAUGACCCUUAAUAAAACGAAAUCUGACUCUUCCAGUGCAUCAGUUUGUAGUAGUGAUAGCACAGAUGACUUGAAGUCCACCAACUCUGAGUGUAGCACUACUGAAAGUUUUGAUUUUCCUCCAGGCAGCAUGCAUGCACCUUCUUCCUCUUCCUCCUCCUCCUCGUCCUCUUCAAAGGAAGAGAAAAAGCUCAGUAAUUCCUUGAAAAUGAAAGUCUUUUCAAAAAAUGUCUCUAAAUGUGUCACACCAGAUGGCAGGACCAUAUGUGUAGGAGACAUUGUUUGGGCCAAGAUCUAUGGCUUCCCAUGGUGGCCAGCCCGUAUUCUUACUAUAACUGUGAGCCGGAAAGAUAACGGCCUUUUAGUCCGACAGGAAGCUCGUAUUUCAUGGUUUGGGUCCCCAACAACAUCUUUCCUUGCUCUUUCACAGCUCUCCCCUUUUUUAGAAAACUUUCAGUCGCGAUUUAAUAAGAAGAGAAAAGGUCUUUACCGCAAGGCCAUUACAGAAGCAGCCAAAGCUGCUAAGCAGCUAACUCCUGAAGUUCGGGCCCUGCUGACACAGUUUGAAACAUGAACAUGAGAAGUAAGCUCAGAGACAUUAGUUAGCUGCUGUAUUUGAAAUUCUCGACACUGGCAUGAAAAGGAUCUGCUCACCAGAAGUGACAUGGAACUCUGCUUUCCUCUCAAAUGUAGGUCAUGGUGUACACUAGGAGGACCUUUUCAAAAUAAACCCAGCCCUUUUCCAGGACGUGUAUACCUAUUGUAAAUUCACUUUGGAAGCUGAGAUGUCAGAACAUAUUUUAUAAACUUUUUUUUUUGCAAUAAAUAAGGCAUGAGCCAAGGAGCCUGUUGAAAAAUGAACAUGCAAGGAACCACUUGAAUUACUAGUAUGAAGACUCACAAACUGUAUUCGUACUCUUCAAAUGUGAUUGCGUAAAUAGGAUGGAGUCAAGACACCUGGAAAGUUGGCUGUAAACUUCUGAACAUUUACUUUUGUUCUUAGCAUAGGUUGUGUUUUACAUCUUAACAAAUUUAGUCUAUAGGUGUUAGCAGAGCUGUAACCUUCUUACUGGAAACAUUUCCAAAUGCAGCUGUGGUGACAAGGACUGACAGGCAUGUUUGGAGACCAAGGUUUCCACAGAGAUGGUGGCAAUAGUGAAUUCUAUAUAACUUUACGUGGCUAUAAAGCAAAGAUCCUCCCAUGUGAAGACUGUUUCUUUGAGAGCAAGAAUAUAGAAUAUUUUGUAAAAAUAUAGUGGAAGAGUCUGGAAUGCACAUGAAUUGUAUUUGCUUGUGAAUAACAAUAUCGACUGUCAAAAGCAGGGUUUUCUAAAAUUGGGUUCUAGCAGAUAUCUAAAGUCAUGACAUUCUCUUUCAAGCACAGUGAUAUUGCACAUUACAUUGUCAUGACUUUGUCAUAAUUAACCUGUUCCACCAGGACGUACUUACAAUCAGUUUCAGCUUGGCGUGAUUUUAGUCCAGUAUUUCCAAUGUUAAGAUGGUUUACAUUGACCCAAAGCCCUCAUUUCCCAUCAAAGAAGUAUCCGAUCUUUUGGACUUUAGUAUUUAUCUGUGAAAUGGUUCUGCAUUUCAAGGGUAUACCUGACCUUCAGGAUUUAGCACCCACUGUCAAUAGUCUUCUAAUCUUAAUUUCAAGGUAGGCACACUUUCCUAAUUUGCAUUUAAUUUUCUCAGCAGCAGAGCAGGAUUCACCAGGUAGAUAGGACAGGGUGAUAUGUCAAAAUGAAUGCACAAUCCAAAGAUGGAUGCAAAUAUCAAGAUACCAUGAAAAUACAAGGAUGCCUUCUAAGCACAGACUGGUCAGUCUUGCACGGCAUUAGGAUACCUGUUGCCAGGUUAACAGAAAAGGUCUGUUUCCCAAAGUUACCUGUACCAGGCAACUACAAAUUGAAGUGUAGGCUUUGUAAUUUCGAUGGAUAUUGUUGCAAUCAGGAGUUUCCCUUGGCUUUAUUUGGCAACAGAUGUAUAUUUUUAAAUAGCAUUCUAAACCCAGGAAGUAUAUAUUAUGAAUAUAUUACAAUACAGUUCUAUAUUAAAGAUUUCGUAAGAGUCUGUGAAAAUGUGUAAAAAAAAUAUUUAUAAAAAGGCCACUUAACUUUUAAAAAAAUUACCUGCCUUCAAAAUGAUUUAAUACAAUAGUAAGUUCAACUGUGCCACUUUUCAUAAGAAACCAUAGAUGACUUUUAAAAGGAUGACAAACAACUUCUUUGCAGUAUUUCUACUGCAGUCAAAGCAAAGGAGAGAGAACAUUUAUUUUUCCCCACAAGUUGUCACAGAGUCAGAUUAGAAAUCAAUUGGGGAAAGAGGACAAAAGAUACAGCAGUGAAUGGGCACUGUUUAGUUUGCCUCUAGAGACAAAAUGCUGCUUUAGACCAUCCUAUAUCUAAAAAGGAGUGUCUCUUCACAGGAGAAGACGCAUAUUUUGGAAGUAACUGUGGCACAAAGUGAUAGCUUCUACUCAGGAAAACUGUCAGGCUACAAAAACAAGGGUACUUAUCUGGAGAGAUAGCGGAGAGCCGGUAGUGCCUGCAUCGACUACAUCCAACUCUUAGCCAGUUUCCUAAUUCCUUUUUCUUGAGCACCAACACUGCCCAUUUUGCAUCUCUAAGAUAGUAUGAGAUGGAAGAGUUACAGGUUUUUAUCUUAUGGGUGGAAAGGGGAGGGUAGGUUUGGGGGGGGGGGGGAACGGGACAGAUUGGUGACUAAUUCAUACUUGCUCAUGAAGAAUUGAGAAAAUGCAAUCGCCUUGUUGUUCACUUUGAAAUAUUGUCAGGGAAUUUUAGUGGUAGAAGUAAUGUGUUGCUUUUCACCUUUUUUUGCUUUCAUUGCUUAAUAUUUAAGCUUUGCUCCAUGCUACCUUUUAUGUCUGUAUACUGUGUCACUAGGCCGCUUUCAUUUGGUAGACUUGAAUAAGGAGAAAUGAUUCAACCUUUACAGUUUGCUUGGAAUUAAAUGUUCAAGAAUGUUGUAUGCCAUCUAUUCAAAUAAUAAAGCCUUGAUUUUUUUUCUCUGCACUUUUAAAAA